AUGAAAUAUAUCAGUCAACAUUCCGAUCGCCUCCAAGAGGCUCGCGAUAAGAUCGCCGAGCUUGAAGCGGAAAAUAAACGGCUCAGGGGAGAAAAUGUCGUUCUAAGAGCUCGUGCAAUGACGAGACCUGCCCCUGUGCCUAAUCCUGUACACACUGAGCGCCCAAACUUUACAGCAUCAACAGCGUCGUCACGACAAAAGGAGAAGAACGUGGCGCUUCCCAACGACAAGCCACGCAAGGCUGUCCAUGUUAAUGGAAAGCCUUAUAUAUACGUUGAUGGGGUGCCAAUCUUCUGCGGCAACCCCAUUCACGCUCGAUCCCGCUUUAUGGAUUCGACAGAAGCUUCAAGGUAUCGAUUAUGGGCGAAUAUAGACGAUAGACAGGCGCGACUGCUAAGAACAACAACAACACCUCGAAGCUGUAGAAAGCCUCAAACCUCAGAAUGGCAAUAUGGGUCUGAUUCUGGGUACGAUUCACCCUCUACAGAACCGGUGUCUAUCAUUGAGCAAGGCUGGCAAAUUGAAGAGCCCUCGUCGCAACAAUUCUCUGAGUCUUCUGAGAAAGAAUCAGACGACACGCCGGGGCUGGCUGAACGAACACGACUAGACGAUUCGCUUGAUGGGAUUCUUCACAUUAUCAUGACGAAUAGCGAGACGAAUCUACGCUAUCUUCGCAAGGCUGCCAAGAUUGUCCAAACUUCGAUAUGGCACGCAUGGAAGAACGGAAUGGGUUACAUCGGGGCAGAUUUCGCGGACGGCCCACAUCUCAUCGGGCUUGGGCGGAAUGAACUACUGGAGUGGGUAAGCCGCUCUUCAGCUUCUGGGUGGAGGGCGUACAAUGCGAUGAUGGCAGUGGUUGAGAUGCGAAAUACCAUCAGUCACCCUAACGGCUGGGAGCUUCGAAGAAGCUGUAUAAUCGAUGAUCGCCUCGAACGAGCCCAGAAAUUAUGUGUUGAGCUGGGGGAUGAAGAUGGCGCCAUAGAAGUUAGGAAGCUUCGAGACGCUCUUCAUGCGGAUGUGCAAGAUACCCUCCAGCGUAUCAUGGCUUGGCACCAUCUCGUUGUGCUUUCGCAUUCGGAAGCUCUGGACAUCGAACCCCAUCACAUCAAGAUGCUGGAGAAAGUAUUGGACCAUUGGGAAUUCUGGGAGCACCGAGGGUCGGAAGAAUUAAAAUUCUACCGUACCCUUUAUGAGGUAGCUCAGUCGUGGGUUAAUCACCGCAAUGAGUGA